AUGUCAUCCAACACCAACAAGAACCUCUACUACACCGUCCCCCUCGACGACGACCUCGAGUCCCAAGCUACCUUCAAGAGAAGAAAAGCGCCUUGGUUGAGCGUCCCUAUCCGAAGCGCCGCACCCUCCCGCUCUCCCCUUUCUAUAUUGAAAGAGAGAUUCUGGUCGUGGUCAAACGAUGAUACCCACCACCUCCUCCACAGCAGCAACAGCAACGCUCGCAGCGCCGGCCGAAAAGGCUUCUGGGACCGCUGGAUCUGGCUCGUCCACGCCGUCCUCCUGACUACUUCCAUGACGCUCUUUGCGCUAUCCAUGUGCACCUUGCAAACUGCCGCAAGCGCGAGCACCACGGCCAGCGCAGCGGUUCAGUGUCAAUGUCAGGGAACCGGGUCGUCGUCGGCGGCGGCGGGAGGGAUGGACGGUGCUUCUUCGACUUCGAGUAGUCUUGUUGUUCCUCGGUCUUUUUUUGAUGAUGAUGAAAAGGAGACUUCGGCGCCGCCAGCGGUGGUUCUUCCUGUUCCGAUUGCGGUCGACAUUCCCGAAUCGAAACAUGUGAAUAUGGAGGUUUCGGUGGAUGAUAAGACUUGGGUUGAGGAGGGGGAGGAGGACGAGGAGUGA